AUGAUACCUAUAUUAUAUCGUGGUGUUGCGCUGUCGAAGCUUCAUCCAGCAUGUUGCGCUCCACUGCAACUCCUUUGUCGCUGUGGCAAGAGUGCGCAUUCUCCAUUGAGGAAAGCCAAUGUAAUCCGAGCUAUCCUCAAGAUGAACUAUGUUCUUCUAUCCUCAGUCUGGCAGGUUUCUGAUCACGUCGAAUUCCUCCUUGCUACCGACAGAAAACAUGAGGGUCGCGCCUCACGUCGAGGACAAUUGUUGUCAACACUGGUCAAUGUGUUGGUCACCCCUACAAACCUUUUUCAUCGUCACUCGUGGAUGGCCCUCAGCGUUUUGUGCUUCUUCAACAUGUUCCGACCUUGA